UCCAGCCCUGAGGGAACCCGGUAGGCACUUCCGGGCAAGGUUCUGUGCACCUGUUCCUUCCUUCUGGUUAAGUGUGUUCCUCUGUGGGAAAAAGUGGACAUGCCCCUCCGGAGAGAACACGAUGUGUGAUAGCUAGCAAGCCUAGAUUAAGAACAGCUCGAGACCUAAUCCCAAAGCAAGAAGGCGCCGGGCAUCUUUAAGCUGUUUGGAAGUUCACGUGACCCAAUAAGUGCCGGGCCCCAGUGGUCACGUGACAGCGCGCGCGCCCUCGCGCAGGGAGAGCCGGCAGGCGCCGUGCGCGCGCCUUCGCCGCUGCCUCCCUUCUCCUCGACGGGAGGGUGAGGAGCUGCGGAGCGAUCAGGCAACUGGGGUCCGGUGCGCGUGCGCAGCGAACAGCUGUCACCCAGUGCGGAACAAGUCUUCCAAAUUUCCCAAAUCUCCCUGGGCCGGAGGCCACCUUCUUCCUCCUCAUCUUCCUCCUUGGGGUUGUAUCUCCGUCCCCACCCACGCGCCAGGUUUCUCUGGGCCACAAAUAGACAGUACUCUUCUCUCUACUUGGCUGAGCUCAUUGCAGGUGUGUGUAGGCUCUAUGCCCAGCGUGGAACCCAAUGUGGGGCUUGAACUCAUGACCCUGAGAUCAAGACCUGAGCUGAGAUCAAGAGUUGGAUGCCCGUACAUCUGGUAUUUGUAUACCAGAGACUGCCCUAAACCAUCAUGGAGGUGGCUGAGGUAGAGAGUCCUCUGAACCCCAGCUGUAAGAUCAUGACCUUCAGACCCUCCAUGGAGGAGUUCCGGGAGUUCAACAAAUACCUCGCGUACAUGGAGUCUAAAGGAGCCCAUCGAGCGGGUCUUGCAAAGGUGAUUCCUCCUCGGGAAUGGAAGCCAAGGCAGUGCUAUGAUGACAUUGAUAAUUUGCUUAUUCCAGCACCGAUUCAGCAGAUGGUCACAGGGCAGUCGGGACUGUUCACUCAAUACAACAUCCAGAAAAAAGCCAUGACAGUGAAAGAGUUCAGGCAGCUGGCUAACAGUGGCAAAUACUGUACUCCAAGAUACUUGGAUUAUGAAGAUUUGGAGCGCAAGUAUUGGAAGAACUUAACUUUCGUAGCACCCAUCUAUGGCGCAGACAUUAAUGGAAGCAUAUAUGAUGAGGGUGUGGAUGAAUGGAACAUAGCUCGCCUAAAUACGGUCUUGGAUGUGGUUGAGGAAGAGUGCGGUAUUUCUAUUGAGGGUGUAAACACCCCUUAUCUCUAUUUUGGUAUGUGGAAAACCACAUUCGCGUGGCACACCGAGGAUAUGGACCUCUACAGCAUUAAUUAUCUCCACUUUGGAGAGCCCAAGUCUUGGUAUGCAAUACCCCCAGAACAUGGAAAACGACUUGAAAGACUAGCUCAAGGUUUUUUCCCAAGCAGUUCUCAAGGGUGUGAUGCAUUUCUUCGCCACAAGAUGACACUGAUAUCUCCCUCAGUACUGAAGAAGUAUGGUAUUCCCUUUGACAAGAUCACUCAGGAGGCUGGAGAAUUUAUGAUUACUUUUCCAUAUGGCUACCAUGCUGGUUUUAAUCAUGGUUUCAACUGUGCAGAAUCUACAAAUUUUGCUACAGUCAGAUGGAUUGACUAUGGGAAGGUUGCUAAAUUGUGCACCUGCAGGAAAGACAUGGUGAAAAUUUCAAUGGAUAUUUUUGUGAGGAAAUUUCAGCCAGACAGAUAUCAGCUUUGGAAGCAAGGAAAGGAUAUAUACACCAUUGACCAUACAAGGCCUACUCCAGAAUCCACACCUGAAGUAAAAGCAUGGCUGCAGAGGAGGAGGAAAGUAAGAAAAGCAUCCAGGAGUUUCCAGUGCACUGGUUCUUACUCUAAGAGGCUUAAGAAUGAGGAGGAUGAAGAAGUGUCACCUGCAGUCGAUAGGGUGGAGGGCCUCACCCCUGACCAAGACCCAGAAGACCUCAAGGUCAGUGAAAAAUCAGAAGAAGCAGUGAAGAUGGGGAACACAGAAUCUCCUUUAGAAGAAGAGGCUUCUGCUAGCAGGAAGCAGCCACAUCAGAAUUCAUCGGAUAAUGUCAAACUCUCAGGAAAUAGUUGCUUAAGCACAUCUAUACCAGAAGAAGUACAAAUUAAGGAUGACCAAGCCUAUGGUGUAAUUCUACCUUCAAAUCCCAGUGAAGCUGAUGAUUCCAUAUCUGGUGGCCAUGUGACAUCCAAGGAAUCAGACCCACCCAAGCUUCCAUGGCCAAAGUUACCUGAGUCAUGCUUCUCAGUGGCAGAGAGUAACAGUGUGUUGAUAGAGGGAGAAGAGAGUGAUGUGGAGACCCGCAGGAGUGGCCUCGAACCUGGGGAGAUCCCAGUGAUCCCCAGGGGAGAGAGAAAUGGCCUCGACGUCCUUGGUAGAAUAGAGGGAGAAACCAAAACUGCUAAAAGUUGGCGCCAUCCACUUAGUAAGCCUCCGGCAAGGUCCCCAUUGACUCUGGUGAAGCAGCAGGCAACAAGUGAUGAAGAAUUGCCCGAGGUUACAUCGAUUGAGGAGGAAGUGGAAGAAACAGAGUCUUGGGCGAAGCCUUUGGUCCACCUUUGGCAGACGAAGUCCCCAAACUUUGUGGCUGAACAGGAGUAUAACGCAGCCAUGGCCAGAAUGGAGCCACACUGUGCCAUCUGUGCUCUUCUUAUGCCAUACUACAAGCCAGAUAGCAGCAAUGAAGAAAAUGAUUCUAGAUGGGAGACAAAAUUAGACGAAGUUGUUACUCCGGGAGGAAAGACUAAGCCCCUCAUUCCAGAGAUGUGUUUUAUUUAUAGUGAAGAAAAUAUAGAAUAUUCUCCGCCUAAUGCCUUUCUGGAAGAGGAUGGAACAAGUCUUCUGAUUUCCUGUGCAAAGUGCUGCGUACGGGUUCAUGCAAGUUGCUAUGGUAUCCCUUCUCACGAGAUCUGUGAUGGAUGGCUAUGUGCCCGGUGCAAAAGAAAUGCAUGGACAGCAGAGUGCUGUCUCUGCAAUUUGAGAGGGGGUGCUCUUAAGGAAACGAAGAACAAUAAGUGGGCCCAUGUCAUGUGCGCCGUCGCGGUGCCAGAAGUUCGAUUCACUAAUGUCCCAGAAAGGACACAGAUAGAUGUAGGCAGAAUACCUUUACAGAGGUUAAAAUUGAAAUGCAUCUUCUGCAGACACCGGGUCAAGAAGGUCUCUGGAGCCUGCAUCCAGUGUUCCUAUGGCCGUUGCCCAGCCUCCUUCCAUGUCACAUGUGCUCAUGCUGCUGGGGUGCUGAUGGAGCCUGAUGAUUGGCCAUACGUGGUGAACAUCACAUGCUUUCGACAUAAGGUCAACCCAAAUGUGAUGAACAAACUGAGGCUGAUAAAGGUUCAAGAUCCCAAGAUCACACAGCUAAAGUCCAAGGCUGGCGAGAAGGGCAUCUCUGUGGGGCAGACGGUCAUCACGAAGCAUCGGAACACCCGGUAUUACAGCUGCAGAGUGAUCGCUGUGACAUCGCAGACCUUCUAUGAGGUUGUGUUUGAUGAUGGCUCCUUCAGCAGAGACACAUUCCCUGAGGAUAUAGUGAGCCGAGACUGUGUGAAACUGGGCCCUCCUGCUGAGGGAGAAGUUGUCCAAGUCAAGUGGCCUGAUGGCAAACUCUAUGGAGCAAAAUAUCUGGGAUCAAAUGUUGCCCACAUGUACCAGGUUGAAUUUGAAGAUGGAUCCCAGAUAGCAAUGAAGAGAGAGGACAUCUACACUUUAGACGAAGAGUUACCCAAGAGAGUGAAAGCUCGUUUCGUAAGUGCUGGCAAAUACCCCUUGGGGAUCCGCCAUGUGAAUCUCUCAUCCUCUCCCUCUGUUUCCCAAGCCCAGCAGGAAGCAUACUUAGGCAUUUGGAUUGAUUUCCAGAAAGCCAAUGCAACUUUUCCCUUACUUAUGCAAGCCUCAAAUUUGGCCCCAAAUGGGAAACCAGUGUAGGUUUCUUGUUUUUCUUUCUAAUGAAGUCAAAUGAUGUUAACAUUUAUUGGCAUCCCAAAAUAGUUGUUGAAUAUGUACUUAUAAUCAUGUCAUCAGAAGCAACAUUAAAGGAAGUUUUCAAUAGUUGUUUAAAAGGGACACAGUAUAAGUGAGCAUCUGGUUUCCUAUAGCCGUAUCAUAUACAUUAACUUCUCUCCAAAAACUCAUUAAUAUGUCAGUUCAUAAUUAAACCAAGCUCUCACUUUUAUAACUAAAGGAAUUUUAAAAAGCUCCAAAAGUAGUUGUGGGAAUACUAAAGCAGUUUCUAAAAAUAAAAAAAAAGAAAGAAAGAAAAUGUUUUUAGUUUCAGGCUUUACACAUUCCAUUAAAAGACAAAUAAACAUGGACAAAUAAUCAAAACUGAAGUUGUUAAAAAAUAUAAUUCACAAUAACUUAGAUUUCAUUAUUGUAUCAUAAAAUAUUUAGUGGACCCUGAAAUGAAGUCAGUUUUACUCAUUUAGAAUUGCAUCUACUAUAUCUGAAAAAUGAUAAAUCCUGAACAGGGAAAUUUGAAAGAAUGGGAUUUUUUUGACUAAAAUGAAUUUUGUUUCCAGAAUAAAUGACACCCUCAGUUUUCAGCACAUGCUUAUGAUAUACUUUUCUGCAGUGAUAGUUACCUUAAUCUGGAAAAUCCUUGGAUUCCUUAAGUCUUCAGUUGUAUAUUUAGUUCCUUUUCCUGUCAGGUGGGAUUCUGGGAACAGGGUAACUGCACCACGUGUCAACUGUCUUUCUGAGCUGCAUCCUUGAGAGGAAGGUCCUUCACAGCGAAAUCGUCAAGAGAAGAGUGACAGUACAGCAGUGGUACCUGCCCAAUGAGAAAUGUGGCACAUAGGGGACCCAAACACCUAAAAGUAGAUUAACUGCCAGAUAAACUGCAGGGAAAGAGAAAAUCAAAUAUUCCUGUUGUAAAGACAUUGGCUAAAUCCUAACAAAGAUCUAAAAAAGUCUGGAUAGCUUGUCCAGCCCUACAUCUUUAAAUCUCUUAAGAACAACUUUUCCUCUUCAGGAUGCUAAAGAUGGCUACCUUUCAUGUUGUGCUCCUGUCUUUCAUCGAUUCUCCCUCAUCUCCCUGCCCUUCCUUGCCCCCCACUCCUUUAUUUAUUCAUUUAUUUAUUUACUCACUCACUCACUCAUUCACCUAGAGAUUAAAAGAUGGGGAAUGGAGUAGGCAGUCCUCUGUAAGUCACUCAGGUCUUUGGUUUUCUAAUGUGUGUAUGAUUAAGCACCAGCUAGGUCUUGUGGAUUUAAAAUACUAUUUCUUAAUCACACUAAAAGAAUGCUUUUUUUGCUUUUUGUUCAGAUCAUAAUCUCUUUGUUCCAUAAUAGAUUUGGCUCCAAUACCAGGUUGCCUUCCUACAUAGCUUUAUUCGAACCCAGCUCCUGAAUUUCCUAAGAUCCAUUUCUCUGAACAGUCAUACCAACAUCCAACUUUUUUUUUAUUCUCAGAGAAUUUUUUAAUUAAAAAUAGAAGUCAGUGAAAAGUAUAUAAAUCACGUAUAUUAUCUGAAUGUAAACUGUUAUAUCAAACAGUUGAGCCUAGUAGAAAAUAUCUUUAGGAGCAAAGGCUCACAGUCAUUAAAUCCAGUUUGCUACCUCUGUUUUUAUUGAAUCAAAGACUCCUCUGCUCCUGUUAUAGCAAACCAGCUUUUCCUUCAGGUUAGUAUAUCACCCUCAGGCCCUUGGUUGGUCUAUGACUGCUAUUUUUUUUUUCCAGUUGGUGAAACAAAUCUAAUUGGAAAAGUCAUUGAUGGAAGAUAUUUUAUGAUUAGAGAAAUCUCUUUUGUUUUUCUAAAGGAGGGGGUAGGCUAGCAGCCUCACUGCUGAACAGGAGGCCUCAUAUUUUAAUGACUUCUGCUCACCCAGACACACGCUGACUUGGGAAGAAAUUUUUCAAAAGAGUCAGCAGUCCACCUCAGUGAUUUUGCGGGGGUUCUUUCCCACUAACUUCAGAAACGGCCCCAUUGCCUUUUAUUGUCUCACAGAAUAACCAUGGCAACAGUGCAUAAUUAAGUAGAGCUGCUGGUAAAUCGGUUUUAUUAUUGUAUUUGAAAGGCUGACUUUUGCUGUUCUCGCACAAUGGCAACACUUUCAUAGAUGUUUUAUUUUCUCUUUUGAUAACUUUAGCACUUACAAAAGGGAAAGAUUACUCAGAGGAAGUACUUUGCCAAGAAUGAAUGAAACAAAAAUGUUUUCUCCUAAUGGCAGAGGGUGCCCAACCAACCCAUAAUCUUUUAGUUAUUUUCUUCCCAAGUGAAACAAGGGAGUGUCUGGGGGACCCGUGCAGGUAGCCUGUUACCCUGAAUAACCAUCUCAUGAACUGUCAGGGAACAUGCCUGCUGUGCAUGUAGCUCCAUUUUUUAGUUUUCGAGCUUCUUUGUAACUGUUCCAUUGUUUAUCUCUUCUUCAUGAUUGACCAUGUGUUUCAAGCCCUCAAAGCUGGACUCUGCCUCUGUCACCAACCAGGGGAGGUGGCCUCAGUGAUAGUGAGAUCCACUGUGCAUUGGUAUUGUCAGGAGUGAUCUACCUCAGUGAAAACCAGUUGGAAAUGCAUUUUAGAAGGCAAAGCAGUAGGGAAUUAGGAAGCAAAAAUAGUCUCCUAAUGUGGCCUUUACCUGAGCAUAACAGAAAAAGCCCACAUUCCUUCACCUAGCUAACAAUUAAGCAGUGACUGAGUGCUGGGCAUGUUGCUUGGUGUGGAGAACACAUAAAAUUCUGAACUCAGUGCCUAAUAUCCUCACCCUCAAGGGGUUCAAGGAAUCCCCAGUGGGGAGAAACUUACCUGCCCCUCAUCUCUGCCACUGACCUCAUUCUGUGGCAUUGACUUAUAAAGUCUGACAGGAACCAGAAGAGGAGCCCUUGAGUCUGCCUGUGGCAGAGAAAAUAGAAAGAAAGCUUCCAUGCAAAGGAAAAAGUACGUCUAAUGACAGAAAAGCAUGAGCCAGUGAGACAUGGUCAGGAACUGCACAUAAUUCUAUUUGACCAGAACGUAACAUAGGAUUAUGCCAGGUUUUGUAGGUCCAGCCUAGGGAUCUCAGGUGCCAUCUUAAAGGCAGCAAGGCUGUUGAAAGAUGAUAAGCAGGGAUGUCAUGGGAUCAGACAGUUUGUAAAGCACUUUCUUCCAGUGGUUCUAUAGAACAAAGUCGGGGGGUACAGCAUUUGCAGUGGUUUAGCAGAGGAAAUGUGAAGGCCUGCACCAGGGAGUCAGCCAGAAUAAAGAAAGGAGGGAGGGCUACAAGAAAUAUGUAGAAGGGAUCCUGGACUUGGUGGGGGCGGGGGACAUUACCAAUGACUACAGUGCAGCUAGAUGGAUAGGAUAGGUAGGCCAUGUGUGCAGUAUGGGAAGGACAGUAAUGGGGAGGGAAGACUGAGUUCAAUGUAGGGCAGCUUGAUGUGAAGUGCCUCUGGGGUCAACACUCUGAGACGCCUCCUGGGCAGUUGGACAUGCAGGCCUGUGCACAGGAGGGGGUCUGAACUGGAGUGAGAGGGGUGAGCGUCCUUGGAGAAGAAGCAGGAAUUAAAGCCAUGAGUAUGGGUGUGAGGGGUCAGCGAGCAUAUGUGGAGAGGAGAAGUGCAAAAUGCCAGGAGCCUCAGAGUUGAACAGAUAGUUAAGAAAGAAGAACCCCUGAGACAUCAAUAGUCAGAGCCAGAGGAAGAAGAGAGGCAGGAGGAAGGCCUUAUCAAUGUCAGAUAAGUGAGCUGCCAGCAAUACUUAAGUAACAGAAAUAGUCAAAUAAAUUUAGGAUGGAAAAGUGUCAUAGAAAGUGGACUGGAGCAAGGACAGUUUCAGGGAAGGUGUGCGGGCAGAGGCCCAGAGGUAAAUCGGAAUUGGGGCGAAUUAGAGAUGACUGUUGACAAAUUUGUCAAAAACUUGGUUGGGCAUGAGCCAGAGGGGAGGUGGAGAGUGAGGGAGAUUUAAAAUGAGAAGACUUCAAUGCUGCUUCUGCUGGGGCAAGGUCCCUGGGGGUGAGGCUACAUGGAGGCAGGAGCCUGGCUGAAGCAGGUGGGGAGGCUCCAAAAUCCUGGACAUGUGGCCUGGCCUCUGCACCCCAUCCCGAGUUGGCUGGAUCAGAUCUUUGUCCAUUCUUGUCAUGGUCAAAUGCUGUGCCUUCUGCACUGUGAUGCUGGCUCUUUCUAGUCCACAGCCUCUGAUAUGCGAUUUGAAGACACAUUUUACGGAGCAGACAUAAUCCAAGGGGAGAAAAAAAGACAGAGAGUGCUGAGCUCC